AUGAAGGAUGCGUCCAACGAUAAAGGGAUUUCAGCGCCUUUGAUGAUGGCCAUAAACGCCGAAUUUCAAGUUCAUUUGAUUGUAGGCACAAACCCACUUGCUGCAGCCCGCUGCAUGAAGAGCCUGGAGGUCGGUGCAAGACCAAUCAUCAUUGCGCCGGAUACUACAGAUCUCCAGUAUACGCUGUCUGAGCGUAUUGAAGAUGGAUCGGCCCAGUGGGUGCGCAGAGAAUUCCAGGAUACCGACCUGACGAGUUUGGGAAGGGAAGAAGUGGACCAUGUCGUGGACACCGUCUUCGUCACUCUAGGCGGGAGUCAUCCUCUAAGUUCUCAAAUCUCAAAGCUCUGCAGGCGUCUUAGGAUCCCUGUCAAUGUAACCGAUGCCCCUGAGCUCUGUACAUUUGGCUUGCUUUCAACAUAUUCGGAUGGCCCUCUUCAUGUGGGAAUUACCACCUCUGGGCGUGGCUGUAAGCUUGCUUCCCGAUUGAGAAGAGAAAUCUCAUCAUCACUGCCCCCAAACCUUGGAAGUGCCAUUGAUCGUCUAGGAGCCGUGAGACGGCGGCUUUGGGAGGAAGACAAUGCCCCGGGGCUAUGCGAGGCCUCGCUUGAAGGCGAAGAAGACGAUUCGACUGGACAGAGACAUACAUUCAACACAUUAGUGACAGAGGACGACGUUUCUGCUGCCAAAACACGGCGUAUACGCUGGCUCUCGCAAAUCUGCGAGUACUGGCCACUCCGCAAACUUGCUGCUAUCACUGAUUCUGACAUCGAUAAUAUUUUACAAGCGUAUUCGUCCGGCAAUGAUAACUCUAAGGGCCUUGAUUGUGUCGAAUGUAUACAGAAGAAGGGAAAAAUUGUGUUGGCUGGUUCUGGUCCAGGACACCCAGACCUGCUUACACGAGCGACGUAUCACGCAAUUCAAAACGCUGAUAUUAUUCUCGCAGACAAACUCGUUCCAGCGCCGGUUUUGGAAUUGAUUCCGCGCAGGACUGAGGUACAUAUUGCGCGAAAGUUCCCUGGCAACGCGGAUCAGGCACAGGAAGAAUUUCUACAAAUGGGAUUGGACGCCCUACGCCAUAGCCGGCAUGUUCUCCGUUUAAAGCAGGGUGAUCCUUAUCUUUAUGGACGGGGAGGGGAAGAGUAUGACUUCUUUCGAAGUGAAGGAUAUACGCCUCUUGUCUUACCCGGAAUUACUAGUGCGCUGAGUGCCUCAUUGUUCGCGGACAUUCCCGCAACCCACCGCGGUGUGUCCGACCAGGUCUUAAUAUGUACCGGCACUGGGAGAAAAGGAGCGGCUCCCGAGCCCCCUACCUACGUACCCACGCAGACGGUUGUUUUUCUGAUGGCGCUACAUCGACUAUCGGCACUGGUGGAGUCUUUAACAGCACCGCCGCAAGACGUCUCGCGUACCCGAACACCCUGGCCAAAGGAUUCACCUUGUGCCAUCAUUGAGCGCGCCUCUUGCACGGACCAGCGGGUGAUCCGCACCACCCUGGAGCAUGUAUGUCUGGCUUUCGAGGCGGAGGGUUCUCGGCCACCCGGUUUGCUGGUGGUUGGAGCCAGCUGCCACAUUUUACAUCAGCCUAAGGAUCAGAAAUGGGUUCUCGAAGAAGGUUUUCGUGGGCUGGAUGAGCUACGGCACGUAUCCGAUGAACUCAUAAUCCAAGAAGACUAG